AUGCCAAAGAAGAAAUCUUCUAAAACGCCUAAAAAGGUGCCAGAGAAUGCAUCUACGAAACAGGAGAAGUCCGAUGCUGUGGUAAAAGGUGAAAAUCCCAAUUCCGUAGUGAAAGAGGAAAAGCCCCCAUCAGUAAAGAAACCCAGUGAGAUCGAUGAAAUUUUUGCUGGGAAGAAGAGGAAAAAGCCUGAAGUUGCGAAGGCCGAGGAACCAAAACUAGAUGUACAAGACAGACCGAAGAAGACAAAGAACAAGAAAAAGGAUGAGGCUCAAUCUAAAAAUGGCUUUGGAGACCCACCAUCGCGGCGAAGAAAGAAAACUGGGGAUGGACUUGCAAUUUAUACCGAAGAGGAAUUGGGUUUUGGCAAUGCAGAUGCUGGAGGCACCCCGCUCUGCCCAUUUGACUGUAAUUGUUGCUUCUAA